AUUAACCAAACACCUGAACACCCGCAAGGGUAGUCGUCGUGGUAACGCAGGCAACCGUCUAGAACUUCAAGUGCUCACCCAGCUGACCCACGUGCCGUAGAUAAAUCCAUCGCCCGGAAGAUUUCUAUCUAUCCAAUUUGACCUUCACCGUACAGAUCGAUAAAAUAAAAGCUGACCAAAAGUCAUCACUGAACGAAAUCUCUUCCUUGGAAACUUAAAAGAGAGAAAUAAACAUGGUUCUGGGUGAGGCACUGAACAGCAUGGCCAGAGGAUCGUCUCCCUCCUCCUCGUCGAGGAAGGCAAGCUAUGACGCCCUGCAGAAGAACGAAAGCGAGCGCCGCGAGAAGGAGCGCCAGGAGCAACAGCGUCGCGAGCAAGAGCGCAAGGAGCGCGAGCGCCGACAGAGCAACAACUGGGGUCCUUACAAGAGCAAGGACCAGUUCACCAGCAUGCACUUCUGCUGAAGCUCGAGACAAUGAAGUAACAUAAAGCCUCAAAAUUAAUGCAAACUUCUGAGGAUGUAGAUAUUCCCAUUCCGCUUAACUUAAAAGUUUAAAAGACUGCCUGUUUGUUGAUAAUUUGAGAUUCGUUGAUUGCUUUUUAUAUUUAAUUAUUUUCAUUUCGUGCAAUAAAAAGAGAACCUUGCUUCCCA